AUGCUCCCUUCUAUCCACACGCUACUUGAUUACUUCCGUAUCAAAGGACUGCUUAUUAAAACUAGUAAUGCCAGUUUCAUGAAUGCGACACUGCAGGCCAUCAUGAACAAUACCUUGGUAUUGAAACCUGACAAUACGACAGCUGUCAAAAGAUUGAACGAUGUCUCUGUGAUUUUCAAUGAAGUAUGUAAAGGCAAGAUGAUGGUUAGAGAGCUUGCCAAAAUCUUUGCUGGUAUGAACACUCGUCAGCGAGUGUAUACCCCACCCCGAAUUUUGGCUGCCAAACACAACAGUAGGUUCAACUUGAAUGCUUUUUUCAAGCAAACGGAGUCUGUAAAGGGAAAUAACCAUCCUGGUACAGAAGCACACCUUCCUACAGCUCCUCCUCCUACCUUUGACCGUACCAUGGAUACAAGAAACAUACAAAGCGAUGAUGCUGCAGAUUUAUUCAGGUUUAUUUUAGAUUCAAUCCAGGAAGCAGUGGUAGAUGAUGACCAGACUUUGGAACCAUUCAAAUCCCCCUACAUUGCCAACGAGGCUAUUCCAGUAGAUUAUGUGAAUGUGAACGUCAUUGUGGAUGAUGUGGUUGGUGACUUUCCAAUGGAUUUUUUUACUGGCCAUGACAUGCCCAAGAUGGAGCCUAUUGUUUGUUUCACGCCCACUUAUCUAUACACAGGCACAUUCACCCAAAGGACGUCCAUUGCACCCCGUGCCGGCGGCGAUGAUGAAUCACGUUUGCAUAAUUUACAUAUGCCGGGACGAGUAGAUUAUUGCAUUGCUUACAUUCAAGACCACCAAAAUAGGCAAUGGUGGGUCUUCGAUGACCAUUCAGUAAAACCAGUGUAA